GCAAAGUUCCUGUUUGUGAUAGAAAAGUGUCUCACUUAUCAAGAGAAGAAAUUAUCCCAAAUCAAUUGAUAAGCAUGGACAAUAGAACAGACUCCUGAUGAUAGCAGUGUCCUGCCUAAUCAUCACUCUAGGGUUGUAUAAAGCCCUCUCCAUGUCUGCUCAUGAUAAAUCCCUGAAAACCACCGAGGAAGUGGCUCUUCAGAUUCUCUUGCUUUGCCAGUUUGGGGUUGGGACUUUUGCCAAUGUAUUUCUCUUUGUCCAUAAUUUCUUUCCAAUCCUGACUGGUUCUAAACAGAGGCCCAGACAGGUGAUUUUAAGCCACAUAGCUGUGGCCAAUGCCUUGACUCUCUUCAUCACUACAUUUCCAAACAACAUGGCUUUUGCUCCAAGAAGUCCUCAAAAUGACCUCAAAUGUAAAUUGGAAUUCUUCAUUCGCAUGGUGGCAAGAAGCACAGGCUUAUGUUCCACCUGUGUCUUGAGUAUCCAUCAAUUUCUCACUCUUGUUCCUGUUAAUAGAGGAAAACUUAUACUCAGAACAAGUGUCCCGAAUUUGGUGAGUUAUUCUUGUUACAGUUGUUGGUUCUUCAGUGUCUUAAAUAACAUCUACAUUCCAAUUAAGGUCACUGGUCCACAGAUAACAGACAGUAAAAAUGACUCCAAAAGCAAGUUGUUCUGUUCCACUUCUGGAUUUAAUGUGGGUAUUGUCUUCUUGCGAUUUGCCCAUGAUGCCACAUUCAUGAGCAUCAUGGUCUGGACCAGUGUCUCCAUGGUACUUCUCCUCCAUAGACAUCGCCAGCGAAUGCAGUACAUAUUCACUCUCAAUCAGGACCACAGAAGCCAAGCUGAGACCAAAGCAACCCAUACUAUCCUGAUGCUGGUAGUCACAUUUGUUAGCUUUUAUCUUCUACAUUUUAUUUGUAUCAUCUUUUACACCUUUUUUAUAUAUUCUCACCAAUUCCUGAGGCAUUGCAGUGAAGUUCUGGUUGUAGGUUUCCCUACUAUUUCUCCUUUACUGUUGAUCUUCAGAGACCCUAAGGGUCCUUGUUCUGUGUUCUUCAACUGUUGAAAGCCAGAGUCACUAAAAAUGC